AUGUCCACUGAACAAUCCUGUUGCCAGAAGUUUGUCGACACCGAAAAUGUCCAAGAUGUUUCUGAGAAACAAAACCCAGGCGUUACUCGUACCAUUCGUGGCUUCCAAUGGUUCCUCGUCGUGGUGGCGAUCCUGUCCAGCAUGUUCAUCUACUCGCUGGACGGCACCAUCACGGCAGAUCUCGUCCCCUCCAUCGUCAACGAAUUCAACAGCGUCGAGCUCCUGCCAUGGCUCUCAGUCGGCUUCAUGGUCGGCAGCAUCGUGACGGUGCUACCGCUGGGCAAGCUGUACGCCAAGUACAACGCCAAAUGGCUGUACAUCAUCUCAGUCUUCAUCUUCCUCGCCGCCUCCGCCCUCUGCGGCGCAGCGCCCAACAUGUCCGCCAUGAUCGUCGGCCGCGUCUUCCUCGGCGCCGCGGGCAACGGCAUCUACUGCGGGAUCCUGACGCUCAUCUCUGUCUACACCGAGGACGCAGAACGUCCCGCGUACCUCAGCCUGGUCGGGCUGAUCUGGGGCGUGGGCACGGUGCUCGGCCCCGUGGUGGGCGGCGGCUUCGACAAGGUGUCGUGGCGGUGGGCCUUCUACAUCAACCUGAUCAUCGGCGGCGUGUGCGCGCCCGUCUACCUGUUCCUGCUGCCGCCGUUCGACCCGCAGCCGCAGGCCAAGAGCCUGCUCGCGCGCGCCGCCAAGUUCGACUUCCUCGGCGCGCUGUUCUCUAUGGCCGCCAUCCUGUGCCUGAUCAUCGCCAUCAACUUCGGCGGCGCCCUGUACGCGUGGGAUAGCUGGAACAUCAUCACCCUGUUUGUCGUCUCGGCCGUGCUGUUCGUCGUCUUCGGCGUGCAGCAGAAGUACGCGUUUCUGACGACGAAGGCCGAGCGCAUGUUCCCCGCCCACCUGCUGCGCAACCUCGAGGCCAACUUGCUGUUCGUCUGCGCUGCCACCUGCAAUGCUGCGGGUUUCAUUCCCGUCUACUACCUCCCCAUCUACUUCCAGUUUUCGAGGGGCGAUGACGCGCUGAGCGCUGCGGUGCGCAUGUUGCCGCUUAUUGUGCUCUUGAGCGCCGCUAUCAUCGCUAACGGGUAUUUGAUGGGGAAAUGGGGGUACUACCAGCCCUGGUAUGUUGUCGGAGCUGCCUUGGCGUUGGUCGGUAAUGUAUUGUUGUCUCUGGUGGAUAUCAACACCGAUAUUGCACAAAUAUAUGGCUACGAAAUCCUCGUUGCGGUUGGAAGCGGAUCUUUCAUCCAGGCUGGAUACGCCACCAUCCAUACCGUUGUUUCCCAAGAAGAUACGGCCAACGGAAUAGCAUACAUGAUGCUCGCCCAGUUCAUCGGAAUCGUUUUCGGCCUAGGAGUUUCCGGAGCUGUCUUCAUCAACAGUGCUACGCAAGCCUUACAAGUACUGUUGCCGAACGUACCUGUGCAGCAAAUCAGGUCUAUUAUCAGUGGCACUUCCUCCAACGCAAUGAAGGCGGUCCCUGUCGAGCAGCGUGGUUUAGUGCUUGCUACUGUCGUAGAUGCCCUGCGCAAGGUCUUCAUCCCCGCAUAUGCAGCUGCAGCAGUUGCACUUGUCGUAUCUGUUUUUCUUAAGAGGAACAGAGCAUUCCAUGCGUAG